GUUGUGGUGAUCAUAUGGUCGAGUGUAUCGCUGAGGGAGACACGACACGAGACUGUGACUCUUGAACACAAGAAUGAUCUCAGGCAUUUGGAAAAUCACAAAGUGAAAAUCUAACUAUGAAGGGACCUUCGCCAUCAGAGGAAAAGAUGUCAUCAAAUACUACCCCUCAUUCAGAAUCUCAGAUGGUUCCGUCUGCGCUUGAAUCAUCAUCAAGUCAAAAUAUAUCCAACAAUCCUGGAGAAACUGAUAGUAACACAACAAUGGAAGUAGUCUCCACCAAGUCUGCCAACUCAGCAUCAACAGAAAUCUCUUCAACCAAGGAACCAAGUGUCAGCACAGAAAUUACAAGUCCAGUAAAGCCUACUGAAGCUAAUGGUAACACAAUAAUGGAAGUAACACCUGACAUCACUGCAAAUCCAGCAUCAACAAAUGUCUCGUCAGGCAAUGAAUUGAAUUCUAGUAAAGGUCAUGCAAAUGGUAUUAAUAAUCCAAAUAUUGGGAUGAAUAUAUGA